UUUUUGUUUCGUUUGUUUUGUUUUGUACAGCAUUACCAGGUGAACUGGACAUGCUCUUCGUGUUUUAAGAAGCAUGAUUCAAUACUGGUUUCUAAAACUAAAUACACAUUUAAGAAUUUGGAACACUCCAGAACAUACAAUUUCUCUGUAAAAGCAAUGACGACUAAAUUUGGUUCUGGGGAGGCCUCGACUGUGACGGCCACAAUAACCGAUAACUUUGGUGCAGUUGGCAGUUUGAGUCAGUCACUCUCAGAAAACAAUUUGACGCUUCAUUGGGAUAUGCCAACUGACGUGGAAAAGGGAGAUGUUCAGAUCUAUCAAAUUAGCUGGUGUCAAGAAGAGCAGUACUACUAUUGCUGGGAACGUAACACUAUUAAUUCCACGGGCAAUGCAACUCACUUCACGAUGCAGGUGCUUUCUGGCUAUACGUACAACUUUUAUGUUCAAGCUUACACAGCUUAUGGAGUAGGGAGAGAGUCCAGCAUUCAAGUCAUAGUGCCGCCUCUUGCUCUGGCAGUGUCGUAUGGUUAUGGGCGGGCGACGGGAGGCAACUAUGGAUUAGAAGUUUCUUUGCACUGGUGGAGGUCCCAUAGUUAUGUAGACAACACCCAAUAUGAAGUAGAAUGGCGCUGCUUAUCAGGAACAGGAAGUGGGUACUGUUUUUGGUACAAUCGGUAUAGAUGGAACAGCAUUGUUGUAAAUGCAACCUCCGCACUCCUGAAUAUGACAUCUUAUGGAGUUACUUUCAUGUUUAAAAUCACGCCAACCAUCCCUUCACGAGGCAGAGGAAAGUCCUAUCGUUUUGUUGUCAAUAUGCCUGAUUUCAAUGCAUCCAUUGGCAAUUUUACCUGUUGGGCUGAAUACUUGUCAAAUGGUACUCGUCUCAAGUGUCACUGGUCCCAACCCAAAGGCUUCGAUAUAUCUAAAUUUUAUCACUACGACUUCAAAUACAGGUGUGACGAUUGUCUUGGGGGACAUGACAUCUACAGAUCAAUCAGAUCUAUUAAUCAAACCUCAAUCAUCAUAGAUGUGGAUAGAGGUCAACGAUACACACUUUGGAACAAAGCCCACGCAGCUUAUGGAUUUGGAACUCAAGCCCAGACCACGGUUCUUAUUAAGUCUAAAUUAGGACCUGUGACAAGUCUGAAAGCUGUAAUUGAUCCAAAGGAGAAGGACCGUGUGCAUUUGUCGUGGAAAGCCCCAGCCCACUCGUCCAUUAAGUCUUACAUCGUGGUCAUUGAAUGUCCGGAUUGCGCAUCAUUUAAAACAGACCCAGUAGUGAGGGAAGAGACCAACUUCACCCAAAUCCUCCCCUGUGGAAACUCGUACAAGUUCACCGUUAGAGGAGUUACCAAGGACAGUAAGCGAACCCAGGAGAGCACUCAAACGCUGAGCCUUCCAGCACCUGUUGGAAAAGUAACAAACUUUACAGUCAAGCCUAAACCAUUCAAACCUGAUGAUAUUCUCGGUGACGAGAAGGAAUGUUCUGUAAUUAGGUGGGGCCCCCCUCAGGAAAAGGAGCCUUCUAGCGCAGAGUGGAAUGGCUAUGAAAUUGUGGUGAGGACGAUAGAUUCCCCAAAAAAUAUCUUAUAUUUCACGAAUACGUCAAAGGAGACUCAGGAAUUUACUUUGUGUGUUACUGAGCGCAAUGAAUUGCAAGCUGGAAAGGAAUAUUUUUUCGAAAUUCGUGUCACUGUUCCCUGUGGCUUUGGUGAAAGAGCUAGAGUGAUUGCUCGCUUCGCCAGUGUUUUGGUUCCCAACCAACCGCCCACUUCAUCUGCUAGAAAACAAACUGUUAACAAAGGUUUGAAUCCGGUGAUAUGGGCGGUACCUGUAGCUGUGAUUGGACUGAUCCUUGUCGUGAUCAUGAUCUACUUCAUUCAUAAGUCGCGUCGUCUGGAGCGCUCAAUGUUCGCUCUGAUGACAAGGAAAAUUAUAGAUGAUGAUGAUGAUGAUGAGGGCGGAGUCACAUUUCAUUCAGGCGAAGACGCACCCCUUAUUCAAGGAUUCUCCGACGACGAACCAUUGGUGACAGCUUAGACCGUCUGUUAGCUGACCUGGAUUGUUCCCAUUUGUGCAUAGCUUUAUAGAGACCUUAAACUUGCUGUUUCCACUCUGUAGGUCAAACUUCAUACUUGGCAACAGCUGAUUUGGUGAUGUUCUUAUUUUUUUAGCCCGGGAAUCCGAGCUCGUCUGAACGACACAGAGCAUAAACUCUUUGUGUCACAAUUAGUGCGUGCCACUUGUGAUCAGUCGUUCGUAUGAAGGUAGACAUGAAUGGGUUGCUUUUCAUACUUGGAUUAUCUUCAAUGAGAUGCAACUAAAAAAUGCCCAUCAUCCAAUUAAUCCAAAACCGGAGUCGAGUGGGAACAGUAAGACUGAAACCUUCGCUAGACGUUCGUGGUAGUGUCAUAAUCUAUUUUGUAACUCUUUGUAAGACGUAAAACGGCACCGCAGCAUUCGUAAUUUCAUAUUCAUCUGGCAGUGGAUGCUUAUGGACCAGCCAUUAUUUAUCCCCUUGGAAGUGGGAGCUGGCGGGUUUUGUUGUAUCACUAAAAUAUAUCUGAUCCCCCUCUAGGGCUUUUAAGUAUUCUACUGACACCCCACCCCCUCCCCCUCAUUGACAGUUAAUGUUUUGUUCUCUCUCUUUUAUCUCUUACUGACGACUGAUCUCCUCUACCUCUCCCCUAAAAACGAUGUGAUGUCCCUCCCCGCAAGGCGAUAACUAACUGGUCCCCAAACCUUUCUCAAGGAAUUGUAGCGUUGUAACCCAGAGUUUUAAAAACUUGGGGAUGCGGAGUUUUGCGUGCUUCCUACUAUAGGAAAGUUCUUAGCGAUAAUCAUGGCGCACAUAUGGCGUUCUGUUACAUUCCAUUGAUUGGCAAUCAAGAUCUGAUACCAAGUCAAGGAUCGCGCGAAAUUCGAAGUAUCGUUUAACCUUUCUAUUCAUUCCAUGACAAAGGAGAAAAACGCUGCCUUAUUUUUAUCUGAGACUACCAUCAUUAAGUAAACCAAACGACUAAGAUAGAAAAUAAUGUGUAGAUAACAAUUUUUGCGUCACCCUGUAGACCAAAGCUAAUGCACAAGAAUUGGACUUUAGUUUCUAACACCUCUCUUGGUUUUAAAGAUACCAGAACAGUAGGUUUUCCGAAGUGCUUUCAAAAGGCACUCUCGUUAUGUUCAGGCACCAGGUGAUAAUAUCACUGUUUUUUUAAACGCAACUAUAAUAAGGACGUAACAGUAAGAGUUAACAUCGCUUCUGAGUAGUUUAAUCUUAGUAAGCCCUGGCUUGGUAGAGGUAAUGAUGUAAUCUCCUCUAAGAGGAAAGAAGCGAAAUUUUGGGAUUUUCUGUUGUAACCUUUAUAACCUUGUAAACAAUUAAAGAAGAGUGGCUUAAUGUAAAGAAAGAACUACUACAACGUGAGGCACUUCUUAUAGCUGAGAGAGAUAUGUUUGAUACAACUUGGCUUUAAAUCGUACAUAAUCAUCGAUCAAACUGAUGUUCGGUUCUUGGCUGAUUCGUCCACGCUGAGGACAUAAUUCAGAUUGUUGUGCUUUUAUCAGUUCACAAAAAAGGGAAAAAAAGCCUAGAGUGGAGGUAAAAAAUUAGAAGAAUAUUAUAGCUACUUUUCUAGUUUAGUUUUUAAGACCCCUUGCUUGUUUGUAGUUUGGCAGAAACGUUACAAAGUCAUAAACGUUGAAAUUUCGUUAUUAAAAUAAGCAUUUUGCAAAACAGG